AUGGCUGCUGAUUUGCCUCUCAUAUCACCAUGGUUGGAUUCGAAAACAAGUGCAUUUGGAUUUGGAUUUGGAUUUGGUGUUCCUGUUUGGCCUAUGAAACUUGCUUUUAACGAGAAGAAACUGAAUGGUUUGGUGGCCAGGGCUGUGUUACAAGUGGGUUCUGUGGUGAAUGGAGAACACAAGGGAUUAGGGUUUGAUCGGGUGAAGGAGACAGAGUUGAUGGAAAAUGGGUUUCUGGGUAUGAGGAAGACGAAGAUGGUGUGCACAGUGGGGCCAUCUUCUUGUUCUUAUGAAGAACUGGAGAAACUGGCUUUAGGAGGGAUGAAUGUAGCCAGGCUUAACAUGUGUCAUAAUACUAAAGAUUGGCAUCAAGAUGUGAUUAGAAAGAUCAAGAAACUGAAUCAGGAAAAAGGGUUUUGUGUUUCUGUUAUGAUUGAUACAGAAGGCAGACAAAUUCAUGUUGUUGACCAUGGAGCUUCUUCCUCUGUUAAAGCAGAGGAUGGAUCAAUUUGGUUCUUUACUACCGAAAAACUCGAGGGUUCUCGUUCUUUCACUGUGCAAACAAGCUAUGAAGGCUUUAAUGAAGGAAUCACAGAGGGUGAUGAGCUUGUUGUUGAUGGAGGAAUGGCGACGUUUCAGGUCAUAGAAAGGAUCGGAAAUGACUUGCGAUGCAGUUGCACAGACCCCGGCUUACUUUUACCUCGAGCUAAACUGAGCUUAUGGCGAAAUGGGAAACUUGUCGACAAACAUCAUGAGCUCCCGACCUUAUCUGCAAAGGAUUGGUCUGACAUCGAGUUUGGAACAUCUGAAGGCGUUGAUUUUAUCGCGGUCUCAUUUGUGAAUGACGCUGCUGCCAUCAAGCAUUUAAAGGAUCACCUACUCGCCAAAAAUAAAUUCGUCAAGGUUUUGGCAAAGAUCGAGAGUUUGGAAUCUCUAAAGAAUCUAGAAGAAAUCGUGGAAGCAUCGGAUGGAAUCAUGGUGGCAAGAGGUGAUCUUGGAGUCGAAAUACCACUAGAACAGGUUCCAACUGUGCAGGAAGAGAUAAUCGAUCUUUGCAGGCGACUAAACAAGCCAGUAAUUGUGGCGUCACAACUUCUUGAGUCGAUGAUCGAAUAUCCUACCCCGACUCGAGCUGAAGUAGCAGAUGUUUCUGAGGCCGUUCGACAAUGUGCUGAUGCCCUGAUGCUAUCCGGUGAAUCAGCAAUGGGAUCGUAUGGUCUAAAGGCUAUAUCCGUGCUACGAAUGGCUAGCACCCGAAUGGAACUAUGGAGCCGUGAGGUGAACCAAGUUCAAAAGUUUCUUCCUCCACUUGGAGUGUCGUUGCCAGAUCGAAUAGCCGAACAAAUCUGCAACUGUGCUGGCCAAAUGGCAAACAAGCUUGAAGUGGAUGCCAUUUUUGUUUACACAAAACACGGAGAAAUGGCGUCACUUUUAUCUCGCAACCGACCAAACCCUCCGAUAUUUGCAUUCACAAAUGAAAACAGCACAAGAAUGGCGUUGAAUUUGCAACGGGGAGUUGUCCCGAUCGCGUUUGACUUAUCGGAUGACAUGGAUGCUAAUAUUUCUAGAACCACUGAUCUAAUGAAAGCAAAAGGGAUGGUGAAUGCCGGAGACGCUAUUCUGGUUGUUUCAGACGUGAUUCCAGCGUGUGUGACCCCGGCCGCUUACCAAUCGCUCAAAGUUAUCGUCAUCGAAUGAUGGUUUUCGAUCUUCAAGUUCGUAUUUUCCGUCAAGUUCUUGAUUAGUUAGAUUGAUGAUUGAAUUGUCCGUUAAUUAACAAAGGUGAUUAUGGUUUUGUAUCUAACUCUUAUCAGAAACUAGUUUUUUAACCGCGCGUUGCGUGGUAGCGAUAAUA